AUUGAAGGACAAAACACGUGGUGUUUGCCAAUUUGACACACUGAAAACUUCCACUUUGUCCGCCCCCAGUUUCUCUCUCCUCCUGAUUCUCAGCACACAGCUCUACUUCCUCUGCUUUUAGCCUUAACAAUUUCAUCUCUUCUAACCAAAACGAAUCAACAUGACGGUGGGAUUGUGCAACGCCAACCCGAUUGUUCACCCCAGGAAACAAAGGGUCGCCCGUACUGAACACCUCGCUCAUUCCUCCUCCGCCGUUGAUCCCCUCGACGUCUAUGAUCAUGUACGUGAUAUACGAGAUCCGGAGCACCCCUAUUCACUGGAGCAGCUCAGUGUUCUUUCUGAAGAUUCUAUUACCGUUGACGAUAAUCUUGGUCGUAUUUUGAUAACUUUCACCCCAACCAUCCAACAUUGUAGUAUGGCUACUGUUAUCGGUCUGUGCUUAAGAGUUAAAUUAAAGCAUUGUUUUCCGCCACAUUAUAAGAUCGACAUCAAAGUAUCUCCGGGCUCUCAUGCGAAUGAAGAAUCAGUGAACAAGCAAUUGAAUGAUAAAGAGAGAAUUGCAGCGGCCUUAGAGAAUCCAAACCUACGCCAGCUUGUGGAUGAGUGCCUCUCUUCGAAUGAAAUUUGAUUAGUUUCAGUACCUUGCUUCUGUUGUACAGUAUAAACCGUUGUAAGUUGUAACAUAGUAUGGAUAAUGAAUCGAAACUUCUGGUAUGUAUUGAUGUAAUGUGAAUUUCGGAAGUGCUGUUUGUAA